UUGUUUAGGAGAGGUGUUUCAAUCCUCAGAGUUUAUGGUCUGAUGUGAAGCCUCCUGAAGGCUGGAGCAGUGUCCAUUGCACACAGUGGACUUUGGGGCCCAUUUGAACACACGCUGGAGAAAACAGCAGGAAAUUAAUGUACAGAGAACAUUCCUGCCUUCAGUGAGAAGAUGGCUUAGCUGAUUUAAUAGCUUUUUCUCAGUCUGUGAUUCCAACAGCCAGGUUUGUGAUAUUUAUUUUAGUAUUCAUGUUCUUGCAGUCCUUUUUACAUUUCUCUGUUUUUCCCUGGCAGACAUCCCGCAGCUCCAUAAGUCUGGGGGAAGAGGAUGGUUAGCAUGUUGUUGCUGUGGGGAUUUGAGUCUUAACUCUCUGUGUUGGUAAUGCUGGGCAUAUAAUUUUAAAACUUGCAUGCUGCAGAAGCAGAUAAUUAUUUCCCUGCUGCAUUUUAUACUGUGGUUUGGGAAAGCAAUACAUUCCAGAAUAUUAAAAGAAAGGAAAAGUUACGAUUUGGGGGACUAUUGGAAAUGGAAAGAGAAAGAGGGGAGUAAUGGGUGUCAGUCUGGUUAUCAGUCAAGUUGGAAGGAGACAGCUUGUUCUGUCGAACACCAAGAAUGUCAGUAGUCAGCCAAUCACUUAUGCAGGAAGAUAACAUACACUGAAAGGUGCCUGGACGGGGAGCGCGCCGGCCGGGCCGGGGGCUGCCAUGGUGCUGGCCCCCGCAGCAGGCAGAUAGCAGCGAUGGUGGCCUGAGGGCUCCAGCCCAGCGCAGACAUGGCCUUCGCCCAGUCCCACAUCAUGGCAGCCAGGAGGCACCAGCACAGCCGGCUCAUCAUCGAGGUGGACGAGUACAGCUCCAACCCCACGCAGGCUUUCACCUUCUACAACAUUAACCAGGGACGCUUCCAGCCCCCACACGUGCAAAUGGUUGAUCCGGUGCCCCAUGACGCUCCGAAGCCUCCAGGAUAUACACGAUUUGUCUGUAUUUCUGAUACUCACUCAAGAACUGAUCCCAUCCAAAUGCCAUAUGGAGAUGUGUUAAUACAUGCUGGUGAUUUUACUGAGCUGGGACUUCCUAGUGAAGUAAAAAAAUUCAACGAAUGGCUAGGUAGCCUGCCCUAUGAAUACAAGAUUGUGAUAGCAGGAAAUCAUGAAUUGACCUUUGACCAGGAAUUCAUGGCUGACUUAAUCAAGCAGGACUUUUACUAUUUCCCCUCUGUUUCUAAGCUGAAGCCAGAGAGCUAUGAAAAUGUACAGUCUCUUCUAACAAACUGCAUCUAUCUUCAAGACUCUGAAGUGACGGUGAGGGGAUUCAGAAUAUAUGGCUCCCCUUGGCAACCUUGGUUUUAUGGCUGGGGCUUUAAUCUUCCACGAGGCCAAGCACUAUUAGAGAAAUGGAACCUUAUUCCAGAUGGAAUAGAUAUUCUUAUAACACAUGGACCACCUCUCGGUUUUCUAGACUGGGUCCCUAAGAAAAUGCAACGAGUAGGAUGUGUUGAGCUGCUGAACACAGUCCAGAGACGAAUACAGCCAAGGCUUCAUGUUUUUGGACAUAUCCAUGAAGGUUAUGGUGUCAUGGCUGAUGGAACCACCACCUAUGUGAAUGCAUCUGUGUGCACUGUGAAUUACCAGCCACUUAAUCCGCCUAUAGUUAUUGACUUACCUACUCCAAGGAACACAUGAUUAUAAUGAGGAUUUAAAGUUGUACCCAACACAUAAGCAACUUUAUAUUGCUGGCUGAGAAUCCCAAUAGGGAACCAUUCAACAAAAAAAGCAAAAUCCUUAUUUUUUUCCCUGCUAGCUCUUCACAGAAAAAUUUAGAGUAACAAAAAUGGACAAGGAAUAAAGACAUUUUGGUGCCAGAAACAGAUUAAAGACUAACAUUUCACCAUUAAAAUAUUUGUGAACACAGAAAAGUGAGUGCAUUCCACACACACACACAUAUAUAUAUAUGUAUAUACGCAUAUAUAUAUAUAUAUAUAUAUAUCUCUAGUAGGGGCUUUUGUACAUACCGUAUACUGGACUUAUUAAAAGAACAAUGUCUUUCAAAGGAGUGUUUCUUUAAGAAAGUUUGCAGUUUAAACGUAAGUGUUUAGACUAGGACUUCCUCAUUUCAGAUGUUUUUCAGUGAGCUCUUAUUAAAAUAAAAAUGAUGGUAGAGAUGUUUUCCCAUAAUCAACAUGGCAAAUAUAAAAGAUGAUGCACAAAUGACAGUCACAGGAAGAAAGCUAUUUCUACAAGUCCUCCAGGUCUAAGUCUUUGCAUUUAUUCAAAACCAAUGCAAUACAGGCCCUAAUUCACUGUACUGAAAUGAAGUUUUACUACAUCUGGCAUUACAGAUGGCAAGGGAAAUGGUGCAUAUUGCCAGCAUGCUGUAAACAGCUCAACAUUCAAGAAGGGAGACUGUGUUAAGUGCAGUAUAAACUCAGGAAUUUGUAACCUGGCCUCGCCUGUUAAAAAAAAAAGAUGACAUUUCCCUUAAAAAAAAAAAAAAAGAAGAAAAAAUAUAACUGUGUUUUUGUAAAGCGAUAUGUUAUUGUAUUUAAGGAAAAAAGAAAGAAAAUGCAAAGAGCUCACCGAAUGAUUAGUAAUGGCAUUUUAAAUAAAACCCACUGGGACCACUGGUUUAAAAAUUGCUAAUGGGAUAUGCAGCCAAUGAUGAGAUUACUGGUUUGAAUUUGGCCCUGGUCAGGAGUGGUUAAAAGUCAUUGUGAUCAUUUUGUCCUUGGGAAACAUGGAUGUCAAGGGGAAGGCAUCAACCCAAGGUGUAGCUGAGGCACUCGCUUUUGGGUGGCUGUGAGUGGUGGGUGCACACCCAAGUGUGCAGAGCAGAGGUCACCUCAGGGGACCUGGUACUGCUGUUUGCCCACUCAUGGACACUUCUGAGAGAGGCCCAGCACAAACCCAGUAGAAACCCAUCUGUUGUGUUGCUUUUGGUACCUGGCAAAGCAGGGGAUGUGUCAGGAGCUGGUUGGGAUGCUCCUCAGCCACAGCACUGCCUGUGCAGCUCUCCUGCAGUUCUAGCAGAGGUAUUGAAGCUGCUGGGAUUUUAUUCCUGUCCUAGGCAGAAGCUUAAGAAUUGAUUACAAAGCCACCAAAAAAACCCCAGGGCUUCAGACAUGUCCUGCAAGAAAUAGAUUUCUGCCUUGAACUAACAAACAUGUCCUUUUGACUUGAUGGAGAUAAUUUAACUGCUGUAUUCUGAAUGUGGGCAUCCUGAAUUUUGGGACAGCAUCUAGACAUUAAUCUUGUUCACACACAUUGGGCACACCACAGCACUGCCAGCUCAGAGCUGGUUGCAGGUCUGUGCAUAGCCCACACCUGCACACAUGCAUUGGAGAAUUGUGUGUGUUACAUGGAUGUAAAUGUGAGUCUUUUGUAGCAGCUGCAUGUACAUUAUACAAAUAAACAAUUUCAAAUACCUGUGUUGCAAAACCAGGCCAUGUGAACUUCGACUCUGAGCAAGGUGGGCAGUCUGCCAUUAAUUCAGAUGGGGCAAUUUUGGUCAGAGCUACUGGUGUAGAAAUUUCAGGAUCAGCUUCUCAAUCAGUAAGAACUGAAAUUCAUAGUUGAAUAUGAGCUCCUGCCAUCAUUGGGAAGAUGAACAAUAACAUGUAGUUAGAAUAAAAGUGGCUUGUCUAGUCACAAUUCAAGUGGUUUGCAACAAAUGUGGCAGGAAAUUGGCUGUAUGUUAAAGUCUGAAAUGUUUACAUUCACUCAUGGCACUUAAAUGUUAAAGUGAAGGGAAGAGGUCCUUUUAUUAGCCUCAGCAAAAUUUCUAUGUCAACCAUAAAAUAUUCUCUUAAAAAUAAUUUUUCCUAAGGUAUCUUCCAAAUACUGUGUAUUUUUAUGUGGAAAGGAUAUGAAAGCAACUGUUACUUCAGAAUAUCAUUUAAAGUACUUGAGGUAUGAAAGCUUAAAGAUUAUUUAAUCAUUUUGGCAUAACUUGAGUGUUGUAAUUUUUGGUCAAGCAUGUUAGAUGAAUAAAGUCUUAAAAAAACCAAAACAACACACAACAAAAUAUAAGGUCUGUUAAUGUGCAGUUCAUGUGAUCAGCUCCAUGUUGGAAUGACUGCUCUCUUCUCCAGGGGUAGAGGGCAGGCUGUGGGACAUUAAAGUUGUUAUGGAAGGGGGUCAGCAGAGGGUGACCUGCCUUGUUCCCCAGCUUUCAGCCACCACAUCUCCUGCAGUGGGUAACGAGCUCGAGGUUGGGGUUGCAAAGAGAGGGGAAAACAGGAACCACUGCCUGCAAUGGAAGUAUUUUGGUGGAAGAGUGUACCAGGUGUGCCUGGGAGGCAGGGAAAAGCUACUGUGGGAGUGCUGCAGCACAGCUCCGGAGAGGUCAGGAACUGGGAUGCCAACCUUUGGGAGUGGGCAGCAUUUGGGGGAAGGAGAGUUCCUGCUCUGGGUUGGGUAUCAGGACACAUCACAGAGAGGGAGGUUAAGGCCAGGUGAAUAUUUUUUGUGGGCACAGAAAGACCUGAGUUUCUGGUCUACCUCAGAUAAGGGAGGCCAUGAAAAGGAAGAUUUUCACAAAUCCAGCUGUGCAGUUGUCAGCUCUAUUUAAAUUUGGGGUGACCUCUCAAGUAAUUUCCUGCCCCACCUCCCCUUUGCUGACCUUCUCUGAUAUUUAUCCAGGUAGCAGUGCUCCUGAAGGAAGGUGUGCUGAUGUGUAUCACUAAAAUGUGCAUUCCCAUCACCAGGCAGAAUUGUUGGCUGAGAUUAAUUCUGCUUCAUUUCAGCAAUGAAUAGGGGAGAUAUCACUGCACGUCAAUGGGGGAAAAAAAAAGAUGACAAGAUUAUUUUUACCUCUCUCAGUCACAUACGGCUGAGGAUGUGAAAUGUUCCUUGACUAGAAAGAAGGAGCAGGCUGGAACUCAGCACCCACCCAAGCAGCUGCUUUUGGUGCUCCAGGAAGGAUGAAAAACCCUGUCUCAGGGUAAUGCUGGGGACACAGCAGGUGGGAUGGUGCUCUGGUCUUGCUGUAGUGGGGAGCCAGAGGAGACAAGAAGUGGUUUGUCUUUUCCAGUCACUGACUGCUGCCUACAGUCCAGGCAAAUACUUCAGAGGAAGGAGGAGUGAGACAUCCCUUAGAAGGCAAUUUUUGGAAUAAUCUGCCCAGGGGACCUUUGCCCCCAUCCCAUUUAUUGCUGUUUGUGUGAAAAUUUCUCUCUUAAAAGCCAUAUUAUUGCUUUUUGCUCAAGUAACUCACACAGAGCAAAUAUAACUGCGAAGGAUCUUUCCUUUCAGGUACAUUCGUGUCCCUUUCUUGCAAGUCUCUCUGCAUCUGCCAUUUUAGUGAUGUUUUGGAACAGGGAGCACCCUGGAUGAUUAUGCAUAGUGCAUUAGAACAACAAUAUUUCACUUAUCCUUGUACGUGUGCUGCUGCUUGGGUUUAUUGACUGUCCCUUUGUUCUCUUUUUAUGUGAAAAGUGAAAAUAGGAGUACUUAUAUGCACCUCUUUUGUGCCAUUUGUUAUUUUGUAUAUUGGCCAUUAUGUUGCUUUUUACUCAGUUCAUCUAGAAAUAAAAAUAAUUUCAGUUCUAGCUAGA